GUGUCGGGCAGGUCUUCCUUCCUGGAGAAAUCCGAACGCUGCCAUGGGGAAGUUAAACCCAGUGCUAGAUGAUAUGCAAUAUGCAGGGAAAGAGCUUACAAAGUUGAGCCUCAUUGCAUAUUAUGUCUCGAUGCUCUACCAUGGUUCAAUCCAACGCCUUUCUUUUCGCUCCCGGGAAAUAAGCGCUUGAAGAUGUCAUCGACUCUCUUUUUCCUAGGAGCAUUGGAUUACUGGCUCUGGCACCAUCUCAUGGCUCGUUAUGACAGCAUCCAUCAUGAGGGAGGAGAAGAGAUCUAUAAAUUCCUCUUCUCCUGUAGUUUUCAACCUGACAUCCUUCAUUCCCUUUCAUCUCACUUAUUUGUUCCAAGUACGACUGAUACCACCUAAACUCCGUCUCUAGAAAUAUACCCUAGACUACCUACCUGGUAUCAAGAGCAGAGUUUUCAAAGAACAAUCACAUCGAAAACAUACAAAGAUUAAACUAUAUCAAGAUGACGCGCACCCGUGACGUCGACGAGAUCUUCAAUGUUGAGGCUCUUGAGGGUAUCAACUUGUCCAUGAGUGCCCCAUUCCGCAAACUAUCCAAUCGUCUCUUCAAUAAGAAAAAGAAGAAGAAGAAUUGCGAGGAGCGGACCUACGAUGAGGCACCUGGAGAGGAAGCAGCUGGGGAGCCUACUCCCGACAAGGCCACGAAGUCCGCCUCUGAUGAAGAAGAGAAUGAUUCUCUCUCUUCUCUCAAGAAGCCUGCUCCUCCGGUUGAUAGUUUACACCCGCUCAGGAUCAUCGAAGGACCGGACGGCCCUAUUUUGCCGCACAAGGGCCCCGCAGGAUAUCGCCCUGGCAUCCACCGGGCUGUAGCCAGGGUCAUCAUCGAGGCCCAUCAACGUCCCGAUCCAGGACCGUCUUACCCAACACUUCCUGGCUCCAACCUCCCUUUUCCUCUCCUUCCGCGUCCACCUGCGACUGCUACCUCUGCCCGAGCUGCAGCAGCUGGCCGAAUAUCAGCCGCUCUGGCAGUUUCUACCCCAUCUCCUCCGUCUUCGCCUGAGGUCCCUCGGGCCAUCAAGGUCGUAUCCGAACACCCACCUGUUCUCGACCUCACUCUUCCAAACUCGGCCUUUAGCAAGCAGGACCUCUCCGAUAUUUUUAGGGCCUUGGAAUAA